GAGCAGCGGGCGCCCGCCGGGAUGCUGCGCGUGGGAAUGCCGGCCUGGGAGCUCCCCGGGACCGGAGAAGUCCACACCGGGACAACCAUCAUGGCGGUGGAGUUUGAUGGGGGCGUCGUGGUGGGUUCUGAUUCCCGGGUAUCUGCAGGACAGGCGGUGGUGAACCGAGUGUUUGACAAACUGGCCCCCUUACACCAGCGCAUCUACUGUGCCCUCUCCGGAUCGGCUGCGGAUGCCCAGGCCAUAGCAGACAUGGCCACCUACCAGCUGGAGCUCCACGGGAUGGAAGUUGAAGAACCUCCUGUUGUUAUGGCUGCUGCCCACGUGGUGAAGAAUAUCACCUACAAGUAUCGAGAAGACCUGUCUGCACAUCUCAUGGUAGCUGGUUGGGACCAACGUGAGGGGGGCCAAGUAUAUGUAACCCUGGAAGGAAUGCUGACUCGGCAGCCUUUUGCAAUUGGGGGCUCUGGCAGCAGCUAUAUCUACGGUUAUGUGGACGCGGCAUAUAAGGCAGGCAUGUCCCCUGAGGAAUGCAGGCGCUUCACCACAGAUGCGAUCACUCUGGCCAUGAGCCGGGAUGGCUCUAGUGGGGGCGUCAUCUACCUGGUCACUAUCACCGCUGCGGGUGUGGAUCAUCGAGUGAUCCUGGGCAACGAGCUGCCGAGAUUCUAUGACGAGUGACUCUUCCUCAGACUUGUUUUGUAAUAAACUCUGGAACCGGAA